AUGUCUAGAGUUGCCAGGGCACAAUGUGCUAAUUGCACUUGCUCACCAGGAUUGCUUUCAAGAACAAAUAGAAAAUCCUCCUUAUUUGCCAAGAGAAUCAAUUUGAACAGAAUCAAUUCUGGUUUGAAAGACCCCAACUCAGAAUCAAGAAAAGGUUCAGUCUUUACCUUGAACCCUCAAUCGUUAUGUUUACCAGAAGCAAAAGAAGUCAAUACCACGCAAAGACUCAACAAAUUGAGAUUGGAAAUGAAGAAAACCGAUGGCGGACUAGCCGUUUACAUUGUUCCAAGUGAAGACCAACAUCAAUCAGAAUAUACCUCUGCUUACGACCAAAAGAGAAGCUUCAUCUCCGGUUUUAGCGGAAGUGCCGGUGUAGCUAUUGUGACUAGAGACUUGAACAGCAUUGGCGACGAAGAGAAUGGAACUGCUGCAUUAUCAACCGACGGAAGAUACUUUACACAAGCAAUCGAUGAAUUGGAUUUUAACUGGAUACUAUUGAAACAAGGCGCAAAGGAUGAACCCACGUGGGAAGAAUGGACCGUGAAACAAGCAUCCCAAAUAAGUUUGGAUAGCGGCGAAAUUGCCAAAAUUGGUAUCGAUCCAAGAUUAAUCACAUACGACCAAGUCCAAAAGUUUAAUAAAUUGAUUAAAGAUGAAAAAAUCAAAACUCCAAAAGCACAAAUUGAAUUUGUAGCCAUUGAGCAAAAUUUGGUCAAUAAUAUCUGGGAAGAGUUUGAAACAUUACCAGCAUCAACAGAAGGCGAGAUUAAACAACUUGACGUUUCCUUUACCGGUAAAUCAACUCAAGAUAAGAUUAAAGAAGUAAGAGCAAAUGUGAUCAAGGACAAUAUCAAGGGUUAUGUUGUUACUUCUUUGGACGAAAUUGCUUGGCUAUUGAACUUGCGUGGACUGGACAUACCAUACAAUCCCGUAUUCUAUUCCUUUGUCAUUAUCACUGCAGAUGAAUUGAAAUUAUUUAUUGGUCAAGAUAGACUUUCCUCUACAAUUGCUGAUGACUUGACCAGUAUCGGAGUCACUAUUGAGCCGUAUCAAAAUUUCUACUCUGCGUUAAACACCAUAUCCAAACAAUUUUCAGUCAACAAUAACAAGAUUUAUCUCCCCAAAAAUGCCAACUGGGAAGUUGUUCGCAAUACCAAAUGUUCGUUUACGGAAGGUUUAUCUGAGAUUGAGCUUUUGAAGUCCCAGAAGAAUGAGACUGAGCUCCAAGGUGCCCGGAUCGCACAUUUGAAAGACGGAAGAGCAUUGAUCAAAUUCUUUGCAUGGCUUGAAGAUACUCUAAUUGACAAACAAGACAUUAUAGAUGAAAUAGCUGCUGAUGAAAAACUUACUGAAUUUAGACAACAAGAGGAUAAUUUUGUUGGACUUUCCUUUGAUACAAUAAGCGCAAGCGGAGCCAACGGAGCUGUUAUUCACUAUAAACCAACCAAAGGCUCGGCAGCCAUGAUUAACCCAAAUAAGAUUUAUUUGAAUGACUCUGGCUCCCAGUUUCUUGAGGGAACAACCGAUACUACAAGGACCGUCCAUUUCACAAAGCCAUCGCUGGAGCAAAUAAGAAACUAUACGUUGGUUCUCAAGGGUAAUAUUGCUUUAUCGACAUUGAAAUUUCCCGAAGGUACCACUGGAAAUUUGAUUGAUUCCAUCGCCAGACAGUUCCUCUGGAAGUAUGGCUUGGACUAUGGACACGGCACAUCGCAUGGUGUUGGUGCGUACUUGAACGUGCACGAAGGACCAAUUGGUGUUGGUCCUCGUCCAAAUGCAGCAAAAAAUCAGUUAAGAGCCGGCAAUUUGAUCUCGAAUGAACCAGGAUAUUAUAAGGAAGGGCAUUACGGAAUAAGAAUUGAGAAUGUUAUGUUUGUGAAGCCUUCUGAUUACUCAUUUAAUGGCAAAAAGUUUUUGGAAUUUGAAACGGUGACCAAGGUGCCAUUCUGUAGAAAAUUGAUUGAUGUUUGUUUAUUGACUGAUGAAGAGUUGGGUUGGAUCAACAGAUACCAUGCAAGGAUCUGGGCUGAAUUAAGUGAUAGUCUUGAAAAGAAUGGAAUUACUUAUAAAUGGUUGCGCAAAGAGACAGAGCCCAUUUCCAGAUAUUAA